UUUACUUUCUCUUUCGAUUACUCCGUAAUAGCCAAAACAGAAAUUUCUCCAAGAUUUCCAAUAUUAAUCGAAAGCUUGUGACUUUGGUUUGACAGUUAAAUGUCAAACAUACAAUCAAUCUGAUAAUUCGCGAAAGAAAAAGUAAACAAAGAGAAACCGUCAUUCACAGCUAGGCCCUUUUGUCGUGGAACGAUCAAUUUGUCGACGAAUAAUUCAGUGUUUUAAGAAAAACUAAUCCUCGGUUCGCGAUAGUUUGAUUUUUUUUUAAUAGGUGGAACGAAAACAUCGGCAGAAUGGAGCAGAUUGCUCAUAAUAAAGACGUCGAAAAAUUUGUGUCCGAAACCAAGUACUUCUUGGACGAGUUCGAUUCCAUCAUCAGUCACUGGGAUCUAUCGGGAAAUUUUUUUCUGCACUAUCUUAUCGAGAUUCACGAAAGUGUGACACAACUCCUAUCGAAAUUUACCACCUUAUCGUUGGAUGGCGUAGGCGAACGUAAACAUGAAAACUUCUUCAAUUUACAAUGUUGCGGGCAAGAGUUUCACACUGUCAAGGAUCUACGAUUGCACCAUAACUCGUGCCGACACAAGAAGUCAGCGUCAAUAGAAACAGAUAACUGUGAGCUUAAAUCGGCUUUGGUUAAACUUGCUUUUUUCUACCGAAGGGUUAACGAAUAUCUACAGUACGGAACGGAAGCCGAUCGUUAUUUGUGUUUGUAUCUGAAGAAAAUCCUGAAAAAGAUAACGAUCACGUUGGACACGUUUUCGCUGUAGACAACACUCGGUUGUACAAUCCCUACACGGAAAAGCCUGCGAUCGUAAAACAACCUGAAUGUUAGAUGUUUUCCUGAACUUUAUUAGUUGAAAUCGGCUACAGCUAAUCGAUUAAUGAUGUUGCUAAACUGUCAGUUUUAUUUAUCACACACCACAAACGGGUCACGGAAUAAUACAGUUGAGCAAUGGCGAUAAGGUGUCAUCGCUACAACAGAGCCAUGACACACUAUCGCAGCAGUUGUCUGUAUGCAUGAGAGCAAAAAGUGUCACAAUUGUUAGAGUCUAUUAUUCAGUUAGUUGAACUGAAAUACCUAAAUAUGUCGCAAUGUAAUAUAAUUCGUAAUGUAAUUGAAUAA